AGGCUUCACGAUAAACCCCUUGACAUGGGUCCACUUUCCAAUGAAGUCGAAUCUAACUGAAACGUGAAUUUUGGGCCUUAUAAGAAAACAAAAAUGCCACCAAAAGGAAAAGGUGGUAAGGCUGGCAAAGGCGGAGGUGCUUCAGGAAGUGGUGACACCGAUAAGAAAGAGAAGAAAGAGAAAGGAGGAACCGCUGUAAAGGUUCGACAUAUCCUUUGUGAAAAACAUGGAAAAUGUAUGGAGGCAAUGGAGAAAGUCAAGUCAGGUGUCCGGUUCAGUGAGGUGGCAUCACAGUACAGUGAAGAUAAAGCCAGACAAGGAGGUGACCUCGGCUGGAUGACAAGAGGGUCCAUGGUUGGACCAUUCCAGGACGCAGCCUUUGCCCUGCCGGUCAGCUCAAUGGACAAACCUGUAUACACAGACCCUCCUGUCAAAACAAAGUUUGGCUAUCACAUUAUCAUGGUGGAGGGCAAAAAAUGAUUAGAGCAUCUGACAACCCCCGAGAAUUCUUUGAUUGGAUUGUUGUACCAUUUUUUGUUUUAUUUUAUUAUGAGAUGGUCUUACUUGAGUGUUAAAGGUUAUGCCAUUUUUUUCUGCAGAUUUUUAGUCAAUCCCUUGAUGAACGGAUGGAAGAUGAUUUCAUUGGUAAACCAAAUGACUGAUAGUGUCUCUUUACAGUUUGGUAAUUUUAUUUCCGAAGCACUGUAAGACACAGUUGGACCUUAUCUGACUUAUAUUGACAGUAUAUUGACAGUGUGGGACUGUGAAGGCAUGAAAUAUUUGCUAGUCCUACCGAUUUGUAUUGGUUUUCUUUUCUCCUCCUUGCUUUGUGCACUUCUGUGGUAAACCAAGUAAAAAUUCAGGACCUGUGAAAAUAAAAACACGGACGAUGACUGUUUCUGACUUGUUUUUGCUAUGGUUAAAAUAAAAUAUUUUUAGUCACUUAUAUGCUGGCACAGUUGAGCCAGGGAAGGCAACACUGAUUAGUAUUUGAUUUAAUCCCUUCAUCUAUCCCAUUAGCAAACACUGCAAGCUAUUAAGUGCUGCAGCUAGCAGACACAGUUGGUGAAAUUUUGAUACUGCAAGAAGAAACUUCUCAUGCUUCUGAGAUGGAAUUGUGCUAGUUUCCAUUCUACCUCAUUUUUUAAUUCCUUUUAUCCUUUUAUCCUUGGUGGUCUGCAAUGCAUGGGAUAUUUAUGAAAACUAACAAGUAUAAAUGAAAAAAUCAAGAAGUUAUUAAACAUUAAACUGAAAUGCAAUACAUAUACUAAAAAAUAGUCUUCAGACUAAAAGCCAACAAUCGAGAUCAGCUAGAUUUUAAGGAGAAAAGCUCAAAAUAGUACUGCACUCCUUUGAUCAGUCUUCAUUUAAAUGGGUUGUUAAAUUCAUGACUCUGGGUCCUUAUAGUACGCUGUUAUUUAGUUUUAUUAGUAACACACAAACACUGCUCUCUUAUGGAUGAUUAAAGGCCUGCAAAUUUAAAGGUCUGCAGCAUUGUAACACGAAUAUUUUUUGCUGCAGAGGACCAAUCAUACUCCGAUGCUUAUUCUGGAUUGCAGGGUUUGCUGUUUUACAUCUUUACUACAGAUUGUGAAUCAAUUUCAUGCUUUUAAGUAUGACUCUGGAAGGUUCUACUUGUCAACUGCACUAUUGAUAUUUUUAAUUUAACAUUUGAAAUAAACAUAGUUAGCAC